CAAGUGUCCCUUCACCAGUUCUUUCAUCUCUUCACGUUAAAGCCCGUUCUCCAUCAUGUCCGGCACGACCGAAGGCCAAGUCCCUACUUUCAAGCUCGUCCUCGUCGGUGAUGGCGGUACGGGGAAGACGACCUUCGUCAAGCGCCACUUGACGGGUGAAUUCGAGAAGAAGUACAUCGCCACCCUUGGUGUCGAGGUCCACCCGCUAUCCUUCACAACCAACUUCGGCACGAUCUGCUUUAACGUCUGGGACACCGCCGGCCAGGAGAAGUUCGGUGGUCUCCGCGAUGGCUACUACAUCCAGGGCCAGUGCGGUAUCAUCAUGUUCGAUGUCACCUCCAGAAUCACCUACAAGAAUGUGCCCAACUGGCAUCGCGACCUCGAGCGCGUUUGCGAGAACAUUCCCAUCGUCCUGUGCGGUAACAAGGUUGACGUGAAGGAGCGGAAGGUCAAGACGGGCCAGGUCACCUUCCACCGCAAGAAGAACCUCCAGUACUUCGAGAUCUCCGCGAAGUCCAACUACAACUUCGAAAAGCCCUUCCUUUGGCUUGCCAGGAAGCUCGUUGGCAACCCGUCUCUGGAGUUCGUGGCUGCUCCCGCUUUGGCGCCGGCAGAGGUCCAGGUCGACUCCCAGCUGAUGGCCCAGUACGACGAGGAGUUGAAGAAGGCCGAGGCCGUCCCGCUCCCGGAAGAGGACGAGGACCUGUAAUUGUAUCCUUGACGGCUUCUGCUACUCUACACCUUUCUUCCAUCAAUCCAACGACGAGCACUGUGCAAUACAUGAUUUACCGGCUUCCCCUUUCCUCUUCACUUGCAUCGCUAUGAAUAAAUACUGUACUAGCGCCCUCGUCGUUUCCUGUGUCCUUGCGAGAUUUAGGCCAUGUAUUACGAGCCUGGAUUAGACAUUGAAGAGAUUCUACUUUCUGGGGAUGGCACCUUUGGC